AUGGAUUACCGUCGGAUAAAGCGAAUUUUAUUUGUCAACGUAUUUAUGAACUGCAUAUUCGUUUCUCUUCAAAAUAAAGAGGAGGUGCUGUUGGACAUGGUGGCGUCCGGAGGGGAGUUGGGCUGGCUGACCUGGCCUGAUGAGCAAGGGUGGGAGAUUGCUCAGCAGGCUUUGAAUGGCUCUUUGCUCUAUAACUACUUCAUCUGCAACGUUGGGGCAGGAGAACAGGACAACUGGCUGAGGACCACUUUCAUACAGCGCCACCCCACUGCCACUCGGGUUUUUGUGGAGAUGCGAUUUGUAGUGCGUGACUGCAACAGCUUCGGGGCAGACUCGCUCACCUGCAAGGAGACGUUCAACCUGCACACUUCUGAAGCCGAUGCUGAUAUUGGCACGAGCUUCCGCAAAGGCCAGUUCCGCAAGGUGGCCACCAUUGCGCCAGAUGAAAUCUCUGGCGUUGGAGACAUGCAGAUCAACACAGAGACUCGGGUUGUGGACAAUCUAUCCCGGAAGGGUUUUUACCUGGCCUUUCAGGACAUUGGGGCCUGUGUGGCUAUUUACUCAGUCAGGGUGUACUAUAAAACCUGCCCAGCCACAGUGAAGAGCUUGGCAGCGUUCCCUGAGACAGUGGCAGGAGGGGAGAACCAGGCUCUGCGGGAGGUGGCUGGGGCUUGUGUGGAAAACGCUGUGAGUGAGGACCAACCACGCAUUUACUGCACCGUGGAUGGCGAAUGGGUGGUGCCAGUGGGCCAGUGCCAGUGCCGUCCUGGAUAUGAACCUAAGAAUGAUUCGUGCCAAGAGUGUAAGCCAGGCUUCUUCAAAACCUCAGUGUCCAACGAGGCCUGUGAGCACUGCCCGAAGAACACUGAACCCUCCAGCUCUGGUGCCUUGAGCUGUCCCUGCCUCCAGGGUUUCUACCGGGCUCCAAAUGACCCCCUGACAGCUGCCUGCUCAGGUUUGCCCUCAGCUCCCCAAAACCUGGCUGCCACCACAGCCCAAAUGGCUGUUGGUAAACUGCAGCUGUCCUGGAGCCCACCAGCUGACACAGGAGGGCGCACCGACAUCACCUACAAUGUGGUGUGUGAUCGCUGCGAGGGAAGUGUGUGUCAGCCCUGUGGAGAGAAGGUGCGCUAUGACCCCAGCAACACUGACCUGAAAGAGAUCAGUGUCAUCAUUAGUGAGCUGGAGCCACAUCUGAACUACACCUUCACUGUGGAGGCCCGCAAUGGGGUUUCCCAGCUCAGCCCUCAGAGAGCCACUCACACCAUCAACACUGCCCUGCAUUACACAGACCCUCCAAAAGUGACUGCAAUGCACCUGGUUGAGAGCAGCCCUACAAGUCUGUCGCUGUCCUGGUCAGUGUCUCGCUGGGCCAAGCCCAGCUCUACCCGCUACGAGCUUAUGUAUCGCAAAAAGGAGAAAGACGAGGAGAAGAACAAAGUCACUACCUACACAGUGCUGGUCCUGGAGAAGAACUCUGUUCAGAUCAUUGAUCUGUCUCCCUCUACAGUCUAUCUGUUUAAAGUCCAGGCUCUCAGCCCUGAAGGCAAUCCAGGCAGCUACAGCAUGGAACAGGAGUUUUCAACACCAGCAGAAGUUCCUCCGAACCAGGGGAACACAGCUGUGAUCCUCGGAGCUGCGGUGGGAGGAGGGGUCAUGCUCUUCAUCGUAGUGGUGGUCCUGCUGCUGCGCAGACGCCGAAAAAACUCUCACACAAGGCAAGGACCCGAGGACGCCUACUUCUCCAGCCCAGAGCAACUGAAGCCUCUGAAGACCUAUGUUGAUCCUCACACAUAUGAAGACCCCAACACGGCUGUGCUUAAGUUUGCCAGCGAGAUUCAUCCGACCCACGUCAGCAAGCAGAAAGUGAUUGGAGUAGGUGAGUUUGGAGAGGUUUAUCGAGGCAUCCUGAAGGCUCCUGGACGGAAAGAGGCAGCGGUGGCCAUUAAAACGCUGAAGCCAGGCUACACUGAGAAGCAAAGGCAGGACUUCCUGAGUGAGGCCAGCAUCAUGGGCCAAUUCUGCCAUCAAAAUAUUAUUCGUCUGGAAGGAGUGGUUACCAAAUUCAAGCAUGUCAUGAUUGUCACUGAGUACAUGGAAAAUGGUGCACUGGACAAAUACCUAAGGGAUCACGAUGGGGAAAUGUCCUCAUUCCAGCUGGUGGGCAUGCUCCGUGGCAUUGCAGCUGGCAUGAAGUACUUGUCAGACAUGAGCUACGUACAUCGAGACCUGGCUGCCCGCAACAUCCUGGUCAAUUCUAAGCUGGAGUGCAAAGUCUCCGACUUUGGCCUGUCCCGAGUUCUUGAGGACGACCCUGAGGGCACCUACACCACCAGUGGAGGCAAAAUUCCCAUCCGCUGGACCGCUCCAGAGGCCAUUGCUUAUAGGAAGUUUACCUCAGCCAGUGAUGUGUGGAGCUUUGGCAUAGUCAUGUGGGAGGUGAUGGCCUUCGGGGAGAGACCCUACUGGGACAUGAGCAACCACGAGGUGAUGAAAGCCAUUAAUGAAGCUUUCCGGCUCCCUGCUCCAAUGGACUGCCCUUCUGCUGUGUACCAGCUCAUGCUCCAGUGCUGGCUGCAGGACCGUUCCAAGCGGCCCCGCUUCCAGGACAUCGUAAGCUUGCUGGACAAACUCCUCAAAAGCCCCGAUUCCCUCAAGGCCAUUGCAGACUUUGACCCUCGGGUUUCCAUUCGGCUUCCCAGCACCAGUGGCUCUGAUGGCUCUCCCUUCAGGUCCGUGUCCGAAUGGCUGGAGUCCAUCAAGAUGAGUCAGUACAGCGAAAACUUCAGCAUGGCGGGCAUCGUCAGCAUGGAACAAGUGCUGCAGAUGAAGAGCGAGGAUAUCCGAAACAUUGGAGUCCGUCUGCCAGGGCACCUGAAGAGGAUCGCCUACAGCAUCUUGGGACUUAAGGACCAAACCAGCACCCUGAGUGUAUUCGCAGUGUGA